AUGGCGCACCCGGCCCCGCCCGCCGCCGAAGAGCUGCCGGGCCCCGCAACGCGGCGCCUCUACUCCAGGAUGGAAGCCUCAUGCCUGGAGCUGGCCCUGGAGGGUGAGCGGCUAUGCAAGGCCGGCGACUUCAAGGCUGGCGUGGCCUUCUUUGAGGCGGCUGUGCAGGUGGGCACCGAGGACCUGAAAACACUGAGUGCCAUCUACAGCCAGCUGGGCAACGCCUACUUCUACCUGAAGGAGUACACCCAGGCCCUCUCCUAUCACAAGCAUGACCUUCUGCUGGCCAGGACCAUCGGUGACCGCAUGGGGGAGGCCAAGGCCAGCGGGAACCUGGGCAACACUCUCAAGGUCCUGGGUCGCUUCGAUGAGGCUGUUGUCUGCUGCCAGCGGCACCUGGACAUCGCCCAGGAGCAGGGAGACAAGGUCGGGGAGGCGAGAGCGCUCUACAACAUCGGCAACGUGUACCAUGCCAAGGGCAAACAGAUGUCCUGGAGCAGUGCCCAGGACCCCGGGAACCUGCCGCCUGACGUGCGGGAGACACUUCGCAGGGCCUCUGACUUCUACGAGAAAAACCUGUCCCUGGUUAAGGAGCUGGGCGACCGGGCAGCCCAGGGCAGAGCCUACGGCAACUUGGGCAACACCCACUAUCUGCUGGGUAACUUCACCGAGGCCAUCGCUUUCCACAAGGAGCGUCUGGCCAUUGCUAAAGAGUUUGGGGACAAGGCGGCCGAGAGGAGGGCCUACAGUAACCUGGGGAAUGCCCACAUCUUUCUGGGGCGCUUUGAUGUCGCGGCUGAGUACUACAAGAAGACGCUGCAGGUGUCCCGCCAGCUACAGGACCAAGCAGUGGAGGCGCAGGCCUGCUACAGCCUAGGUAACACCUACACACUGCUGCAGGAUCACGAGCGCGCCGCCGAGUACCACCUGCGCCACCUGCUCAUUGCCCAGGAACUGGCCGACAGAGUGGGUGAAGGCCGGGCAUGUUGGAGUCUGGGGAACGCCUACGUGUCCAUGGGGAGCCCCGCACAGGCCCUGACCUUCGCCAAGAAACACCUGGAGAUCUCCCAAGAGAUUGGGGACCGAAACGGUGAGCUCACGGCCCGCAUGAACGUGGCGCAGCUGCAGCUGGUGUUGGGCCGUCUGACUAGUCCAGUGGCCACUGAGAAGCCCGACCUGACCGGCUAUGAGGCGCAAGGGGCCAGGCCCAAGAGGACGCAGAGGCUGAGCUCAGAGACCUGGGACCUGCUGAGGCCCCCCCUGGAGCGGGAGCAGAAUGGGGACACCCACCCCUCAGGGGACUGGCGGGGGCCAGGCCGGGAAUUGCUCCCCCUGCCGAUAAGGAGCAGGAAGUACCAAGAAGGGCUGGACACUGCUGAGCAAAGGUCCUUGGAGGGCGGCCACUCACCACUGGACAGCUCCGACGUCCGGGUACAGGUGCCUCGCUCAAGCCUUCCUCGGGCCUCAUCCUCAGACGAGGAGUGUUUCUUUGACCUCCUCAGCAAGUCUCAGAGCAGCCGCAUGGACGACCAACGCUGUCUUCUACAGGACAGCCAGGCUGGGGCCACCCCCACACUGGAGGAGCGUGUUGCCCAGCCCUCGCUGAUGGCCUCCCCGCAGACGGAGGAGCUCUUUGACCUCAUUGCCAGCUCUCAAAGCCGCCGGCUGGAUGACCAGCGGGCCAGCGUGGGCAGCCUGCCCGGACUGCGCAUCACCCAUAAUAACCGGGGCCACCUGCGUGGUGACAGUGAUCCACAGGAGCCAGGGGACGAGUUCUUCAACAUGCUCAUCAAGUGCCAGUCCUCCAGGAUUGACGACCAGCGCUGCCCGCCGCCCACCGUGCUGCCCCGAGGCCCCACCAUGCCGGACGAGGACUUCUUCAGCCUCAUCCACAGGGUGCAGGCCAGGCGCAUGGAUGAGCAGCGGGUGGACCUCGCUGCAAGUCCUGAGCAGGAGGCUGCAGGACCCCCGGAGCAACGGCAGCAGGGCCCACCCGGAGAUAGCUAA